CUCAUUUCCUCUUUCUGCCUGAACACAGCUCUUUAGUGUUCUACUUCUACUAGCUAACGGUUAGAGCAGGAGGAGUGUCCUCACACAGAAACUACUUCCUGAAAAUUGAGCGUGGCAAACUGUGCACCAACUGCAGAUCAGAUGGAAGAGAGAUCUCCUUCAGCCUGGGCAGGGCAGUGUAACCGACACACCCGAUGUGCAGUUGCCUUCUCGGAGGUGAGCAGACUAUUGUGGAAGGGCUGACUACAAGCAGGGCUGCUGACUUUCCUGGAAACCCUCCUCCCCCGCCCAAGAGGUUGGGGGCUCCGUGAAUGUUGUUGGACGGCCUGUUUCUCGUUGAGAGCUGAGAUUUGAAGUAGGAGGGAGACCUUGGCAUGGCAGCAAUGGCAGAAUUCAACCAUGUCCAUUCAGUGACUGAAAUGCCAGAAGAUGAUGCUAAACCCAGUUUCCAUCAUGGAAUAUUCUUGGAACCCCAAGAGGAAAAGAAGAGCAUGAAGGCUCUGGUAGUUAAGCAAGCAAAGAAAACUUGCAGCUGCACUCCAACCAAAAUUAAAGAUUAUGUUUUCAGUUUCUUUCCUGUCUUGCAGUGGCUGCCUAAAUACAAACUAAGAGAGUACCUACUGGGAGACAUAAUGUCUGGUGUGAUUGUGGGGAUCUUACUAGUCCCACAGUCAAUUGCCUAUUCUCUCUUGGCUGGACAGGAACCUAUUUAUGGCCUUUAUACAUCCUUUUUUGCAGGCAUUAUUUAUUUCAUAUUUGGAACCUCCCGCCACAUCUCAGUUGGCAUCUUUGGUGUGCUUUGCCUAAUGGUGGGUCAAGUGGUGGAUCGUGAAAUACAGAGAGCUGGCUAUGACAUGGAGCCAGCUGCCCCUGGUGUGCUCAUGGAUGCAGCAGCAUAUCUGAACACCACCGUUUCACCUGCGAAUCAGACAUUGCACAGGCUGCUCUGUGAUAAAAGCCGCUAUGCAAUUACAGUGGGAGCCACCAUGACCUUCAUAGCUGGAGUUUAUCAGGUGGCCAUGGGUUUCUUUCAAGUGGGCUUUGUCUCGGUGUACCUCUCCGAUUCAUUGCUAAGUGGAUUUGUCACAGGUGCCUCCUUCACCAUCCUAACCUCACAAGCUAAGUAUCUCCUGGGCCUAGACAUUCCACGGAGCAGUGGCGUUGGCUCCCUCAUAUCCACGUGGAUAAAUAUCUUUAGAAACAUACACAAGACCAACAUCUGUGAUCUCAUCACCAGCUUCUUGUGCCUUCUUGUACUUAUCCCAACCAAAGAGCUUAAUGAAUAUUUUAAAUCCAGACUCAAGGCUCCAAUACCAGUUGAAUUAGUUGUGAUUGUGGCAGCUACUCUGGCAUCUCACUUUGGGAAGCUGAAAGAGACUUACGGCUCAAGCGUUGCUGGACACAUCCCAACUGGAUUUCUGCCACCCCACCCUCCAGACUGGAACCUGAUUCCUAAUGUGGCUCUGGAUGCUAUCCCGAUAGCUAUUAUUGGCUUUGCCAUCACUGUUUCUUUGUCAGAGAUGUUUGCCAAAAAGCACGGUUAUGUUGUGAAGGCCAACCAGGAAAUGUAUGCCAUUGGCUUCUGCAACAUUAUUCCCUCCUUCUUCUAUUGCUUCACAACAAGUGCAGCUCUUGCCAAGACUCUAGUCAAGGAGUCCACAGGCUGUAGGACACAGAUGUCUGGCAUGGUGACUAGUUUGGUAAUCCUAUUAGUCCUCCUUGUGAUUGCACCUUUGUUUUAUUCUCUUCAGAAAUGUGUCCUUGCUGUCAUAACCAUUGUGAACCUCAGAGGAGCCCUCCGCAAGUUCAGGGACCUGCCAAAAAUGUGGCGUUUGAGCAGGGUGGACACAGUAAUUUGGCUCGUUACUAUGGCAGCCUCAGCAUUCAUCAGUACUGAGAUUGGUCUUCUGGUUGGUGUUUGCUUCUCUAUGCUCUGCGUCAUUUUCCGAACUCAGAGACCAGAGGCACCGCUGCUUGGCUGGGUGGCAGAGUCUGAGACAUACGAAUCUCUGUCUGCCUACAAGAACUUGCAAACCAAGCCAGGAAUUGUGGUGUUCCGUUUCGAAGCACCCCUCUACUACAUCAACAAAGAGUGCUUCAAGUCCACCCUGUACAAGCAAACUGGAGUCAACCCAGCCUGGGUGAAGGCAGCAAAGAAAAAGGCAGCAAAAAGACUGCUUAAAGAGAAAGAGGUGGACUCUGGUGGCAACCAGACUAACAUCUCCAUGGAUUUUGUCUCUGAACCUUUGGGGUUUCACACAAUAGUGAUCGACUGUUGUGCAGUGCAGUUCCUGGACACAGCAGGAAUACGCACGCUCAAAGAAGUCUGCAAGGACUAUGGGGAGAUAGAUGUCCAGGUGCUGCUAGCCCAGUGCAACCCUUCAGUGAGGAGUUCCCUGAUCCGAGGAGAAUUCUUUAAACAGGGGGAGGACCACCUUCUGUUUCACAGUGUGCACCAGGCUGUGGACUUUGCACUGAGUGCACAAGAGCACCGUGGGACUAAUGCUUCUAAGGACUAGUGGGAAGGUAGAAAAUUGGAACAAAACCUGGGAAAAAAAUGGCUCUGGGUCUGUAUGUCUAUGCAAUCUGUCUGCACACAAGUGAAGAGGCAGUGCUGCUAUUAGCACACUGGUUACUAUGCAAUCUGAUCUGAUGCUUUAAAUUUACCUGCUGAGUAUAGUUUUUCAAUAGGUGCUACUGAAUGAAGGCAAUUCUUAACCUGAUUUUGGCCAAUAAUGUGAAUCUAAGAGUUUCUAUGUGGUCGUUCAUCUCAUUUUUCUUGUCUUUUCAAUUUUCCAUGUCUCAGUUCCCCUGAGUUUUGAACACCAGCACUGAAGUCUGUGAUGGUUUGAAUGUUACCUGCCCCCCAACUGUUAGGAAAUCACCCAGACUAGACUCAGCCUGCUGGAAAUUAAGGAAUGAAACCUUCUAUUUUCAGCCUAGCACAAUAUACAAGCAGAUAUUUAUAAUAUAUACAGCUAUAUACAGAAAUAUACAAGUUAAAAGCAAUACAGAAACACAACACCUCUCUCAGAAACCAGAGUCCCCAGGAGGUGCUCCCAACCACCUUUCCACCUCCUUUUCACCCCUCUACUUUAUCCCAGACUUUGUCUUGCAUGCAAGGUGAGCUUGGAGGAUCGUCCAGGAGGGGUUAGAAAGCAGAAGGAUUAGUUAACAGAAAGCAUGUUAGGGAGAAAAAGAUAGGCACCAGCUGCAACAGAGAGCCACUGUGUUAUCUAUGUUUUGUGUUCUUGUUUUUAUACAUCUCAGCAAGCCUAUGAGUGAAGUAGACAUCACCACUGUUUCCUUUUCACAGCCUAUAAUCUAAUUCUUCUCACCAAAAUAUUCCAGCUAGUCUCAAACUAGCACAGAGUCUUACUGCAGCCCUGUCUUUGUGGAUGGGACAGGAUUUUGAAGUAGCCCGAGUGCCCUGUCCAACUGAAUAAUGAGUGGCAACUCAUUGCUUGUCCUGGUAUUGCAUUUCCAUGUCACCAUACCCACAUUUCCUAAGGAAUGACUGAUGUGGCUCUUUGUUCUAGUCUCUACUGUGGAGUGAUUGGUUGGUACUUUUGUAACCUCCCUGACUUUGGGACCGAUAGAUAAAUAAAAGCUAUGAACGUACAUGAA